CUAUAUAAAGACCCUCCAGAAGGUGCACCUUACUACAGACACAGCACGCAACAACAAUCGAAAGUACACUUCCACCUUGCCAACAACCCAACACCAGACUUCCAAUUCACACAUCAAACACUUCAGCAAUAAUGGAAAAGAUCAAGCACAAGGUUGAGCAGGUCCUUCACAAGGACAGGGACACCACCACUACCUCCGGCACUACCCACGCAGGCGGAGACCCCAGCGGGCCCCAUAGAACCCAUUUGGGCAACGUUGCUGAUCCUAGAGACUCUGACCGCCCUGGAGGCUAUGGCAACACUGCGAGUGCUGGAGGUACCACACACACCGGCUUCGAUUCUGGGACUACGGGAACCACCGGAUACGGCUCCACCACCCACACUGGUACUGGGCUGACUGGCUCCACCGGCACCCAUGCUGGAACUGGGCUGACGGGCUCUACGGGCCACUCUACCAACGCGGGUCCUCACAGCUCAAACAUCGCCAACAAACUCGAUCCGAGAUAUGAUUCGGAUCGUGACAACAGUGCAACUCUAGGUGGUGGCCCAGGCUAUGGCACUCACACUGGUACUGGGCUGACUACCUCCACCGGCACCCACACUGGAACCGGUUUGACGGGCUCCACCGGGCACUCCACGAACGCAGGCCCUCAUAGCACGAACAUUGGGAAUGUAUUAGACCCUCGGAUUGAUAGUGAUCGCGACGGUUCCCACACCGUUGGUGGCUAUGGCAGCACGACUGGCACGGGCUACGGCACCCACACCGGUAGUCAUACCGGCGCUGGGCUUACUGGUAGUACUGGAACGCACACCGGCACUGGCCAGCACACCGCCGGUCCUCACAAGUCGGAUUUUUUGAACAAAGUGGAUCCUACUGUUGACAGCGAUCUCGACGGUUCCAAGACGCUCGGAACCAACCGUACCUACUAAAUUGGACGACUCCCGAGCUCGAUCUGACAUCCCGCGGAAGGCUUGCCAUGAUUUUUCCGAAUAUGAUUCCCCGCUUGCUGCUUACCAAUGAGUAUGCAACAUGAUGAUGACCAGUUUCU